AAAAAAAAACUUCUUGUUGUUCUGCAAAUAUGCAGUAAUCUUGUUCUUGUUGUUGAGUGAUUCAAAAAUGGCAUCUGGAAGUGGAAGUAGAGGAAAAUAUGGUCGUAAUCAUCAGCCAAAAAAUCAAUCUCAAUUUUCAGGUACAAGUAAUAAUGCAUUAAGCAAAGCAGUAGCACAAUAUACAACUGAUGCUAGGCUACAUGCUGCAUUUGAACAAUCUGGAGAGUCUUUUGAUUAUUCACAAUCUGUUAGAAAUACUACAGAAUCUGUAACAGAGCAUCAAAUUACUGCUUAUUUGAAUAAAAUGCAAAGAGGGGGUCAUAUUCAGCCUUUUGGCUGUACGAUAGCUGUUGAUGAGUUGAGUUUUUGUGUUAUUGCUUACAGUGAAAAUGCAUGUGAGAUGCUUGAUAUAAUGCCGCAAUCAGUUCCAAGUCUUGAGAAGACUGAAAUUCUCAAGAUUGGAACUGAUGUGAGGACCCUUUUUAGUUCUUCGAGUUCUGGUUUGCUUGAAGGUGCUUUUGGGGCACGUGAAAUUACGUUGUUGAAUCCGAUUUGGGUUCAUUCGAAGAAUUCUGGGAAACCCUUUUAUGCGAUAUUGCAUAGGAUUGAUGUGGGGAUUGUGAUUGAUUUAGAGCCAGCUAGAACAGAAGACCCUGCAUUGUCUAUUGCUGGAGCUGUGCAAUCGCAGAAACUUGCUGUGAGAGCUAUUUCGCUUUUGCAAUCGUUACCUGGUGGGGAUAUUGAUCUUUUGUGUGAUACUGUUGUUAAGAGUGUGAGGGAGCUUACAGGGUAUGAUCGGGUUAUGGUGUAUAAGUUUCAUGAUGAUGAACAUGGGGAGGUAGUGGCGGAGAGUAGAAGAUCGGAUUUGGAACCUUAUAUUGGUUUGCAUUAUCCAGCUACUGAUAUUCCACAAGCAUCAAGAUUCUUGUUUAAGCAGAAUAGGGUUAGAAUGAUUGUGGAUUGUACUGCCACACCUGUGAGGGUUAUUCAGGAUGAAUUACUCAAGCAGCCUUUAUGUUUAGUUGGCUCAACACUUAGGGCUCCUCAUGGUUGUCACCUUCAGUAUAUGGUCAAUAUGGGAAAUGUUGCGUCGUUAACACUGGCUGUUGUUAUAAAUGCAAAUGAUGAUGAAGUUGCUGGAGGCCGAAAUGCAAUGAGAUUAUGGGGGUUGGUUGUUGGGCACCACAGUUCAACUCGAUUCAUUCCUUACCCCCUUCGUUAUGCCUGUGAAUUCCUUAUGCAGGCAUUCGGGCUCCAACUAAACAUGGAAUUACAAUUGGCAUCGCAGUUGGCUGAAAAGCGUGUUUUGAGGACACAGACACUGUUAUGUGACAUGCUUCUCCGAGACUCACCUACGGGGAUUGUUACUCAGAACCCAAGUAUUGUCGACCUUGUGAAAUGUGAUGGGGCCGCUUUGUACUACCAGGGGAGAUACUAUCCUUUGGGAAUUACACCUACUGAAGCCCAAAUAAAGGGCAUUGUGGAGUGGCUAUUAACUUGUCAUGUGGACUCAACAGGCCUAAGUACUGAUAGUUUGGCUGAUGCAGGGUAUCCUGAGGCAGCUUCUCUUGGUGCUGCUGUUUGUGGGAUGGCUGUUGCUUAUGUAACUUCAAAAUAUUUCCUUUUUUGGUUCCGUUCGCACACUGCGAGCGAGAUAAAGUGGGGUGGUGCAAAGCAUCAUCCAGAAGACAAAGAUGAUUGGCAGAAAAUGCAUCCACGUUCUUCCUUUAAUGCAUUUUUGGAAGUUGUUAAGAGCCGCAGUUUACCAUGGGAGAAUGCAGAAAUGGAUGCAAUUCACUCUUUGCAGCUUAUUCUACGUGAUUCAUUCAAGGAUGCUGAGGCAAGUAAUUCAAAGGCUAUUGUGCAUGUUCAGCUUCGGGAAGAGGGGUUGCAAGGGAUGGAUGAACUGAGAUCUGUUGCCAGAGAAAUGGUUAGAUUGGUAGAGACUGCUACAGCACCCAUAUUUGCCGUUGAUGUUGAAGGUCGCAUAAAUGGAUGGAAUGCUAAAGUUGCCGAGUUGACAGAGUUGUCAGUUGAAGAAGCAAUAGGGAAGUCGUUGGUUCAUGAUCUUGUCCAUGAAGAAUCACAGAGAACUGUUGAGAACCUUCUCCGCAAUGCUUUAAGAGGUGAAGACGAUAAGAACAUAGAAAUAAAGUUGAGGACAUUUGGAGCUGAGCAACUGAAGAAGACUGUUUUUGUGGUGGUUAAUGCUUGCUCUAGCAAAGACUACACAAAUAACAUUGUUGGUGUCUGCUUCAUUGGCCAGGAUAUUACCGCCCAAAAAGUAGUACUGGACAAAUUUGUUCGCAUACAAGGUGAUUACAAGGCCAUUAUGCACAGCCCUAAUCCUCUGAUCCCGCCCAUUUUUGUAUCAGAUGAGAACACUUGUUGCUUUGAGUGGAACACUGCGAUGGAAAAACUUAGUGGUUGGAACAAAGAAGAAAUCAUUGGGAAAAUGUUGGUUGGUGAGAUUUUUGGCACUUUCUGCCGGCUCAAGGGCCCAGACGCCAUGACAAAAUUCAUGAUCAUGUUGCAUAAGGCAAUUGGAGGCCAGGAGAUAGACAAGUUCCCUUUUUCCUUUUCUGACCGAAAUGGAAAAUUUGUUCAAGCUCUUUUGACUGCAAACAAGAGAGUCAAUGUGGAUGGCCAAAUUAUUGGGGCCUUUUGUUUCUUGCAGAUUGCAAGUCCUGAAUUGCAGAAAACUCUAAUGCAGAGACAACAGGAAAAGACUAGUAACUUUCGGAUGAAAGAGUUGGCUUACAUUUGUCGGGAAAUAAAGAAUCCUCUAAAUGGUAUACGCUUUACAAAUUCAUUACUAGAGGCCACAGAAUUGACCGAAAACCAGAAGCAGUUUCUGGAAACAAGUGCUGCUUGUGAGAGACAAAUGUCUAAGAUCAUAAGGGAUAUUGAUCUGGACAAUAUUGAGGAUGGUUCACUGGAGCUUGAGAAAGGAGAAUUUUUUCUUGCGAGUGUGAUAGAUGCUGUUGUUAGCCAAGUUAUGUUAUUAUUGAGGGAAAGAGGUGUGCAACUUAUCCGGGAUAUUCCAGAUGAAAUCAAGACAUUGAGGGUCUAUGGAGAUCAAGUGAGAAUUCAACAGGUUUUUGCUGAUUUCUUGCAGAUUAUGGCAAGCUACACACCAUCCCAACAAGGGUGGGUAGAAGUCCAUCUUCAACCAAGUAUAAAUCAAAUUUCAGAUGGAGUAACUAUGGUACAUAUUGAGUUCAGGAUUGUUUGUCCUGGUGAAGGUCUUCCUCAUGAAUUGAUUCAAGAUAUGUUCCAUAAUAGUCAGUGGGUAACUCAACAAGGUCUAGGGCUAAGCAUGUGUCGAAGAAUCCUACAGCUUAUGAAUGGUCAAGUCCAGUAUAUCAGAGAAUCAGAAAGAUGUUUUUUCCUAAUUAUCCUUCAACUACCAAUGCCCCAAAGUGAUUCAAUGAGUGUUAGAUAGUUUAACAUCAGUUAUAUUCAUUGCAAUCUGGUAAAAGAAUGCUGGGGAACGUCUAUUAUACGACUAAUACGGGUAUUGAAUCAUCAUGAGCUGUUGAUUUUUGAAUCUACUGUGUACUAGAGCUAAUUUUUAACACCAUAGUGUCACGAACUAUUCGACUGGCAAAGUGAUAAUAAU